AUGGCAUUUCACGUGGAAACGGCAUUUCACGUGGAAACGGCAUUUCACGUGGAAACGGAUCAUAAGCCUUUAGUGUCUUUGCUGAGUUCAAACAGACGUUUAGAAGAACUACCUUUACGAGUUCAGCGAUUCAGAUUACGACUGAUGCAAUACCUUAUCGAGGAAUCCACACUCCUUCUCCAGGAAGUAGCAAUCGCAUCUGACGAGUAUGUUGAUCACAUACUGGAUUCUCUACCGGUGCAAACAGAAACUUUGGCCAAAAUAAGAGAGCAACAAGAUGCAGAUGAAACGAGCUACCAGCUGAAGCAAUUCUGCAGGAAAGGAUGGCCGCCCAAACAUAAGCUCAAAGGAGAUAUCAAGAAAUUCUGGGCAGUUUCAUCGGAAUUGUCUGUGGAAGAAGGCCUAUUACUACGUGGUAGCCGACUGGUUAUCCCUACCUCAAUGCAAGCAGAGAUUCUGCAUAAGCUACAUUUGGGACAUCUUGGCAUUACCAAAUGUAGGGAGAGAGCACGUUCAGCAGUGUGGUGGCCAGGAAUUACAUCACAAUUACAAUAUAAGAUUGAACAUUGUUCAAUAUGUAGCAAACAACGGCCAAUACCAGUCGAACCCUUAUUCCCAACAGUUUUCCCUAGUCGACCGUGGCAAACAUUGGGCACUGAUUUGUUUGAAUGGGGAGGGAGGUCGUUUCUGCUAGUCGUGGAUUAUUAUUCGAGAAAUCCCGAAGUCGUUUCCCUGACAAACACAUCUUCCAAAGAAGUAAUAUACAAGAUGAAAGCCAUAUUUGCUCGACACGGCAUACCGGAUGAGGUCAGAUCGGAUAAUGGUCCUCAGUACGCCUCCGAGAUAUUCGCAAAGUUUGCAAGAGUACGACUUUGUGCACACAACGAGUAG